AUGCUGAGCCGCAGCUCGUUCACCAGCCUGGUGGUGGGGGUGUUCGCCGUGUACGUGGCGCACACGUGCUGGGUGAUGUACGGCAUCGUCUACACGCGGCCCUGCCCGGCGGCGGCGGCGGCAGCGGCGGCGGGGGGCGGCGGCGGGGCGGGGUGCGUCUGGCCCUACCUGGCGCGGAGGCCCAAGCUGCAGUUAAGUGUGUAUACUACCACACGGUCAAACAUUGGUGCUGAGAGUAAUAUAGAUCUGGUUUUGAAUGUGGAGGAUUUUGAUAUUGAGUCCAAAUUUGAAAGGACAGUGAAUGUCUCUGUACCAAAGAAAACUCGAAAUAAUGGCACAUUAUAUGCAUAUAUAUUUCUUCAUCAUGCUGGCAUUUUGCCUUGGCAUGACGGUAAGCAGGUGCAUAUAGUAAGCCCUCUGACCACGUACAUGGUCCCUAAACCAGAAGAGAUUAAUUUGCUUACUGGAGAAUCAGCCACACAGCAAAUUGAAGCAGAAAAACAGACCAGUGCUCUAGAUGAACCCGUCUCUCACUGGAGGUCAAGAUUAACACUAAAUGUCAUGGUGGAAGAUUUUGUGUUUGAUGGAUCAUCCCUCCCUGCUGAUGUUCACCGUUACAUGAAGAUGGUUCAGUUGGGGAAGACAGUGCAUUACCUUCCAAUAUUAUUUAUUGAUCAGCUAAGCAACAGAGUGAAAGAUUUGAUGGUUAUAAAUCGUUCAACAACAGAGCUACCUCUUACAGUGUCGUAUGACAAAAUAUCUCUUGGAAAACUCCGAUUUUGGAUCCACAUGCAAGAUGCUGUAUACUCCCUCCAACAAUUUGGGUUUUCAGAAAAGGAUGCAGAUGAAGUAAAAGGAAUUUUUGUUGAUACUAACCUGUACUUCCUGGCUUUGACGUUCUUCGUAGCAGCAUUCCAUCUUCUCUUUGAUUUCCUUGCAUUCAAAAAUGACAUCAGUUUUUGGAAGAAAAAGAGGAGCAUGACUGGGAUGUCUACAAAAGCAGUGCUUUGGCGGUGCUUUAGUACUGUGGUAAUAUUUCUUUUCCUUUUGGAUGAACAAACAAGUUUAUUGGUACUGAUCCCAGCAGGCAUUGGUGCAGUGAUUGAGCUCUGGAAAGUGAAGAAAGCUUUGAAAAUGACAAUCAAGUGGCAAGGCUUGAGACCCAAAAUUCAGUUUGGUACAUACAAUGACUCUGAAAAGAAAACUGAGGAGUAUGAUACCCAGGCUAUGAAAUACUUGUCAUAUUUGCUCUAUCCACUGUGUAUUGGAGGUGCAGGUUACUCCUUGCUGAAUGUCAAAUACAAAAGCUGGUACUCCUGGUUGAUUAACAGUUUUGUCAACGGAGUGUAUGCUUUUGGAUUCCUGUUUAUGCUGCCCCAGCUGUUUGUAAACUACAAGAUGAAAUCUGUUGCACAUUUACCAUGGAAGGCUUUCACAUACAAAGCAUUCAACACCUUUAUUGAUGAUAUAUUUGCUUUUAUCAUCACUAUGCCAACAUCUCAUAGGCUGGCGUGCUUUAGAGAUGAUGUCGUGUUCCUGGUCUAUCUUUACCAAAGAUGGCUUUAUCCUGUGGAUAAGAGCAGAGUGAAUGAGUAUGGAGAAUCUUAUGAAGAAAAGCCAAAAAAAAAAAGCUCAUAGAGAAUAACUAAGAAUUGAAGAAGAUUCUGACCCCUGGACUCUUACUGGCUUCAUGUAUUAUCUGGUCUUAAGGAAGGAGAAACUUAUUUAAUAAGAGUAUUUUUAAAGCUUAUGACAGAACUACAUGGACAAUACAUCUUCUAUAUUGCCAAAAUCUAGUUUUGAUAUCCUCCUAUUUCAAGAUCCUCUUUUGUCCUCACAAGGUCCACAGUCUGCCAGAUGUCAUUAAAUAAACUUCCUGCAUUUAAACUUCUCUUCAGUGAAAACCUAACUGUCCUGACCAUUGUAAUUAAUACCCAAAUCUAUGUUUUUAAGACAGCUCACUAACAAAGUGUGGUGGCCGUGCCACUAGGUUAUGAAAAGUGAAAAGCUAGUGUGUCACAGCAGAAUAGAGCAUUAUUGCCAAACUGGAGGCUGUCAAAAAUAAAAUGUAUAAUACUGGAUUAUAUGCUAAUUACAAAUCACUCUCGUUUGAUAAUGGAGAUAAUCACGAUUUCUAGAAUUUCCAUUAAAGUUGUAAAUUGUAUGUGGGCAUUUAAGUUCAUAGCUUAAAAAAAAAAUUGUUGGAAAUACAGGAUGAGACAGAUGUUAAAAUUCAAAUUCUGCCACGUUCUUAGCCCAUAACGUGGCAGAGGGUUUCAGUUGUCUUAAACUGAAUGAAGAUGUGAAAAAAUUGUAACAUGAUUUCUUUCGAUAUGUAUCCAAGUUUAUAUAAAUCCUCCUGCAUUGUUGACAAACCUUCUGAUUUCUUGGCAUAGCAGGUAUUCAUAUAAUGCAAAUCAUUGUUAUGUGCUAGGAAAGUCUCUUCACACAUCUUAAUUCUUCAUCAUGUGGUACCCCAGUGACGUACUAGGCCAAUUCUCUCAUGUUUCAAAGGGAAUAAUUCCUUGGUCUUUCCCCUCUCCCUCCCUGCCCUGUUCUAUUUAUAAGAUGAAACGCACAUCAUUCAAGUGGAAUGAUUUUGCUCAAAUACAAUACAGGUUCAACAAACUACCUGGAUACAGAGAAAAAAAACCAGCCUGGUGAAGAACAGGUGUCUUCCUUUCACACAAUUUAAAAUCCAUAUUCCAUGGGAACAGUUCAUUAAGGGACGUAUUUUGAUCUGUUUCUUUCAAAUCAGUAAAAAUGAUCAGGUUGAAUUAUUAUACCAAAAUUCAAACUUCACAGCUGUAUCUAGAAAAUCAUGGUUCUAGAUUUUUAAAAGCAAGUUUCUUAGUAACAGUAAGUGAAAUACAGAGUGCAUUCCUUUCAGCAGCAAAUAAAAUGCAAUUAAAAAGAAAAUCUAAAAGGCAGAACUCUAAUUUCCAAUUCUAGUUUUGCUUUGGUCACUAAGUUUACAAAUUAACCCUAAUGAUUCUUAAGUUUGUUUAUUAAAUUGCAUGCUGUUUGUGCAAGGCUAUUUAACUUCAAUUUGUCAUUGAUUGAAAAUAUUAAUUGAAUAACCUUGAAGAACAUGGAUCUACUCCUAUAGUCUGUAACUACUUCAUGAAGUAGAUUUUGUCCAGUUCUGAUACUGCAGAAGUCUGAACGUAUAAAUACUUGGGUCCCAAAAAGAUACAGAAAUGUGCCUAACUUCUUUUGUUGCAGACUCUAGUCUUUCUUAUACUGAAGUGCUCCUUACAUGCUACUGGCAAUGGAAAGGAGUCUUGAAGUGAAUAUUUAACUCAUGUUCAUGUUAAGGUGUCUUUACACUGUUAAUUGUAACUAAGGAGGACUGUUGAUUUUAGCAUUAAACAUACAUAAAUAAGUCUAUGCAAAACUAGGGUUGCAUUUGCUAUAUCUUGUACCUGUUCUGGAUUUGUUUGGAAGGAGCUCUUUCCUGUUAAGCAAACUAAUUUGGGACUCCUAUUUCGUAAUAACAGUGAAAUGUAAGUGUGUGAAAAUUUUUCCUGAUACAAAUAAUGCAUAUAGCACAUUCCCUUUUUGUGCCAUUUCAAAACAAUCAAGUCAUUGGUUCUUCUAGAGUAGCUUCUGAAAGUCCAGAAUAUCAUAUUCAGGUAUUUCUAAUGUUUCAUCACUCAUUUUUGUAUGUAGCUGUUGAAAAAUCACUCUUGCACCUUUACAUGCUGUGAGUUUAUUGGUCUUCUGUCUUGCAUUUCUGAUGACAAUGACCUUAUAAUAUCCUAUACAGUAGUCAUAAAGAAUAAUAAAAUUAGAACAUUUUAAGUCUUUAACAUGAGUGAGACUUUCCUGUUCAAGUCAUUGUUUUAUGCAUUCCAUUUCCAAAUAAAAGACUUGGCAUAUGGAA